AUGCCCGCAGAGUCUGGAAAGAGAUUCAAGCCCAGCAAGUAUGUUCCAGUCUCCGCAGCCGCCAUCUUCUUAGUGGGAGCUACGACCCUCUUCUUUGCCUUUACCUGUCCAGGACUCAGCCUCUACGUGUCACCUGCAGUGCCCAUCUACAAUGCCAUUGUUUUUCUCUUUGUGCUGGCCAACUUCAGCAUGGCCACCUUCAUGGACCCAGGGAUUUUCCCUCGAGCUGAGGAGGAUGAAGACAAGGAAGAUGACUUCCGAGCUCCCCUUUACAAAACGGUGGAGAUUAAGGGCAUCCAAGUGCGCAUGAAAUGGUGCGCCACUUGCCGUUUCUACCGUCCUCCCCGCUGUUCCCACUGCAGUGUCUGUGACAAUUGUGUGGAGGAAUUUGAUCAUCACUGCCCCUGGGUGAACAACUGUAUUGGUCGCCGGAACUACCGUUAUUUCUUCCUCUUCCUCCUUUCCCUGACAGCACACAUUAUGGGUGUGUUUGGCUUUGGCCUCCUUUACGUCCUCUACCACAUGGAGGAACUCUCAGGGGUCCGCACGGCUGUCACAAUGGCAGUGAUGUGUGUGGCUGGCUUAUUCUUCAUCCCUGUAGCUGGCCUCACGGGAUUUCAUGUGGUGCUGGUGGCCAGGGGACGCACAACCAAUGAGCAGGUUACGGGUAAAUUCCGAGGAGGUGUGAAUCCCUUCACCAAUGGCUGCUGUAACAACGUCAGCCGUGUGCUCUGCAGUUCCCCAGCACCCAGGUACUUGGGAAGACCAAAGAAAGAGAAGACGAUUGUUAUCAGACCUCCUUUCCUUCGACCAGAAGUGUCAGAUGGGCAGAUAACUGUGAAGAUCAUGGACAAUGGUAUCCAGGGAGAGCUGAGGAGAAGCAAGUCUAAGGGAAGCUUGGAGAUAACGGAGAGCCAGUCUGCAGAUGCCGAACCCCCACCUCCUCCUAAGCCGGACCUGAGCCGUUACACGGGGCUACGAACACACCUCAGCCUGGCUACUAAUGAGGAUAGCAGCCUCUUGGGCAAGGACAGCCCUCCCACACCCACCAUGUACAAGUACCGGCCGGGCUACAGUAGCAGCAGUACGUCAGCCGCCAUGCCUCAUUCCUCCAGCGCCAAGUUGAGCCGUGGGGACAGCUUGAAGGAGCCAACCUCGAUUGCGGAGAGCAGCCGCCAUCCCAGCUACCGCUCGGAGCCCAGCUUGGAGCCAGAGAGCUUCCGUUCUCCCACCUUCGGCAAAAGCUUUCACUUCGAUCCACUGUCCAGUGGCUCACGCUCCUCCAGCCUCAAGUCGGCCCAGGGCACUGGCUUUGAGCUGGGCCAGUUGCAGUCCAUUCGUUCAGAGGGCACAACCUCCACCUCCUAUAAGAGCCUGGCCAACCAGACACGCAAUGGAAGCCUGUCCUAUGACAGCCUGCUCACUCCUUCUGACAGCCCUGAUUUCGAGUCCGUGCAGGCAGGGCCUGAGCCAGACCCACCUUUAGGCUACACCUCUCCCUUCCUGUCAGCCCGGCUGGCCCAGCAGCGGGAAGCCGAGAGGCACCCACGUCUGGUGCCAACUGGUCCAACGCACCGAGAGCCCUCGCCAGUCCGGUACGACAAUCUGUCGCGCCAUAUUGUGGCCUCCCUCCAGGAACGAGAGAAGCUGCUACGCCAGUCACCCCCACUCCCGGGCCGUGAGGAAGAACCAGGCUUGGGGGACUCAGGCAUUCAGUCAACGCCGGGCUCAGGCCAUGCCCCUCGUACUAGUUCCUCCUCAGAUGAUUCAAAGAGAUCACCCUUGGUUAAGACUCCACUGGGACGCCCAGCUGCCCCCCGUUUUGGCAAGCCAGAUGGGCUAAGGGGCCGGGGACUAGGGUCCCCUGAACCAGGCCCAACUGCCCCGUACCUGGGCCGAUCUAUGUCUUACAGCAGCCAAAAAGCCCCACCUGGUGUCUCCGAGGCAGAGGAAGUAGCCUUGCAGCCAUUACUGACCCCCAAAGAUGAAGUACAGCUCAAGACCGCCUACAGCAAAUCCAAUGGGCAGCCCAAGAGUAUAGGCUCUGCCUCCCCUGGCCCAGGCCAGCCUCCGCUCAGCAGCCCCACAAGGGGUGGAGUCAAGAAGGUGUCAGGGGUGGGUGGUACCACCUAUGAGAUUUCCGUGUGA